GUCUUCGCUGACACUUAAUCCUGGGCCUGAAUGAUUGGCAGUGAGCUGCUCCGGCGCCAAUGACGGUCGUGUUUUUCCAUCCACCUGCUUUUGUUUCAGGUCAUUGAUAGCCCUGAGGUUCACAUGCUGAACAGGGGAGGAGGAGCCGGGAGGAAGAGGAGCGAGACGUGAGCUAGAUUGAGUUUCCUUGGCGACCGGAGGGACCCACUUGGGGCGAUGACUCUGGAGAAUGCAGCAUGUACACUUGAGAGCGCUCAGGGCCUGAGGAGCUGUGAAUGAGCACACUGCUGAAACCAACUCCAGUUUCAGGACUGACGGAUGGUGUAUGGAAGCACACUGAUCUCCCAGAAUGACGAGUGCUGCUCCUGCCCGGAAACCGUACCGAAAGGCACCUCCGCAGCACCGCGAGACGCGCCACACUGUGCCAGUAUUUCGAGAGGAUGUUAGCGGGAGUGCCUUGCCAUCCGCCAACCCUGCGCCGUCAGCCCAGCCUGACCCCUGCCAGGAGUCCUUAUCAGAUGCCGACAGGAUCAAGAUCCUGCAGCAGCAAAAUGAAGACCUCCGUCACCGGCUCUCCCAGACCACUCAUAAGAUGGAGGCGAUGGAGACGGAGUUUGAAACCAGUCGACAUUACAUCCAGGCAGAGCUUGGUCGAACCAGAGACGACCUGGAGAAAAUGAGAGACAAGUUCAGAAGACUGCAGAACAGCUACACGGCGUCUCAGAGAGCUAAUCAGGACCUGGAGGAGAAACUUCACGCCCUGGCUGCCAUCAGUCAAACUUGGGUCUAUGCACUCCAUAAAGUGGAAAGAGACAAGAAAACCAUGGACCAAGAGAUAGUGGAGCUCACGAAUAAACUCGUGGAUGCCAAAAACACUAUUGACAAGCUGGAGGAACUGAAUGAACGGUAUCGGCAAGAUUGCAAUUUGGCUGUGCAGCUGUUGAAGUGCAAUAAAUCGCAUUUCAGGAACCACAAGUUUGCUGAUUUGCCAUAUGAGCUACAGGACAUGGUGAACAAGCACAUGAAGAGCAGCUUGCCUAACAAGACUCCGGGCUCUCAGGGAGCUCAAGCCCAGGAUCCUGACACUCUAAGCCUGACUCCCGCAGAUGUAGUGCCCACUUCGGUGAUCGCUCGUGUUCUUGAGAAACCGGAGCCCCUGGUGCUCAACUCAGCCCAGUCUAGCAGCAGUGCAGGUCGGCCAGUGGCUGAAGAUGUGUUCGUACACGUGGACAUGACAGGACCCCAAGACGAUAGUGGAGGCCGUGAAAAUGGGGACCCUGUUCAUGCCAGGUCUCCUGUGGGACCUAGCUCUGAUCAGCAGCAUGUAAACGGCAUGUGUCAAAGCCAGGGCAGCCUGGAUGGGCCAACUGGAGAAGAUGGGGCAGCCCCCUCUUUUGAGAAGUUGAAUCCUUACCCAGCACCUCCACCACCAAACCCGCUGUACCCUGGUCGCAAAGUGAUUGAGUUCACUUCUGAUGACAAAGUCAAGAUUCCCAAAAACAGCCCACUGCCCAAUUGUACCUACGCUACUCGUCAGGCCAUUUCUCUCAGUCUUGUACAGAACGAAGAAGAGGCAGCCGAGCGCCAGCGCACCGUGCCCAAUAGCCCUGCUGUAUCUGAUGGGGGCUGGCGCUCUGGGACCUCCUCAUCUUCUGGUGGUGGGCAUGCUUCUCACCAGCACACACCUCCACAGAUGGAUGCUACGGACACUCUCUCCAGUCAUUCGAGUCCCUUUAGCAGCCCCCCUCAGCCUCCGAGCGCCUUUGCAAGCUCUGGUAGCUCUGAGGAGGACCUACUGGCCAACUGGCAGCGCAUGUUUGUAGAAAAAACGGCACCAUCCACAGAAGGCUCCCUUGUCAACCGCACAUCCUUCAGCAGUGAGACGUUAAAAGAUCUCCAAAGAAGUCACAAUGGAAAAUCAGGAGUAGGGGCUUUGAGAGGUGCUUACUCUGAUGGCGAGGAGGGAUCCUCAGCCCAGAGCUGGACAGCAAGUAGAGAGUCCAGUUUGGAUACAGACACCAGCAGCAUGGCAGACCUCCGGGCAAAAAAGACACAAUAUGGUGGUGACUUUUCCCAGGAAGAGGGUGAACACCUACUGACGGCCCUUGAUCCACUUGACAAUGAUGGUGCUAGUGGUGAUACCAUGGUCACCAUUGAGAGCAGUCCAGCCUCUGCUAAGCGUCAAGAGUUUGCUGAAGAUGCCGGCUCAGCAGGAAGUUCAGCUGAGGAGCGAGAUAUCCUACCCCAGGACUUUCCUGUCAUUGGCUCAAGGGUCCUAGCUGCCCUUGAGGAUUAUGCAGACAAGCCCCCUCGGACGGGCUCCUCACGACCUCUGAAGAGCCCCAAGAGAAUGGGGAUUCAUCACUUGCACCGCAAAGACAGCCUUACCAGAGCUCAAGAGCAUGGAAACUUGCUGGACUGAGACUUCCAGGCUUAUUCUUCUCUUCUUUUUUGUUUGUUUGACCUUGAGUGCUCUUCGUCUUACUAGCAAUCACUAGGCAUAGCAGCACACAACAAGUGGAAGGGAUCGGAGCAGCAUUGCUGUAGUUAUCCCUGAUCAUGCUGCUGUCGCUGAGGCAUCAUUGUAACUCUUCUGUCCUCUCUCUGAGGCAUGGAGCUCUCUUAUCUGUGGAACCUACGGUAUUGAUGGAAACUGUGGUGAACUACCGGCUGCAACUUCAGUCAGUCCCGCUUUGAGUGCUUCAGGGAUCGUACAAGAAUGUCAUAGUCUGAAUUAAGGUGAUUUUCACCAGUACAAUACUUGAUUCUAUUUGAUGUGACGUGAUUGAGUGGGCAACAGCAGGACAUAACCAUACAAUCACACUUCUGAAAGAGUUCUUCAAAGGUGACAAGAUUGAGCAGCAUUAGGAUUGAUCCCUGUGGCACUGUGUGGACAUGGAACAUCUCACAUAAUGGGUGUUUUGACAUUUGCUUUUGCCCUCGGGUGAGAGCUUUCUACCCAGAUAAUGACAUCUUUCCAGUAUCCCAGUACAAGUCCUUUGUUGAGAUUGGGAUGGCACCAAAUGGCCACAGCUUCACAGAUACCACUGUGUCAGGUAUUCUGCUGGUUGAAGAAGAUUAAAUGUAAUCUAUGAGACUCUCUUGUCAAUUUUCAGUGCCUAACCCUUGCUCUGACAGAGGGGGAUCUCCAUCACCCUUUAAAAGAACAUCUUGCUCCUUUAGCCUGCUUAUAGUCAUCAUAAACUGAGAGGAUCCUUCACCUCAAUUUUUCAGUUACCUCUUUUAUCUUUACCACUGUAUUUCAACACUCAACCUAAAGACAGCUUUUGUACUUAAUUUGAAUUAUGUAUUAAUAUUAGAAUUUUGAUUUUGAUGUAUUCAGUAUAUGUUUUAAUGAUCAAGAACUUGGAUAUACUUCCUGAUUUUCAUUCUCACCUGUUUUGUUUGACUAAUGGUAUUUAAAACUGAUUUUAAGUAAGUAUCUAGAGUUUUUUUUGUGUAUUUAUUUCUCUUUUGCUGAAGUGUCCCAUUACUUCCCUCAAAACAGUUAAGCACUUGCAGAAGUGUUUAAGAAGUGCUCAGGUUACUGAAUUCUGUCAUGAAAUGAAAUGGUAUACAAUCCCUUACAUAUUCACACAUUAGUUGUUACACAGUAAUACAACAGAAAUGCAAGCAGUGCUGUAUUUGGCAUUUUAAAUAUUUAAUCUGGAAAAAAAAUAUUUCAUUCAAAGUUCAGUAUUUAAAAGUAAAAAUAUUCUACGAGUAAGGCUAAAACAUUUAAAUGUGUCAUUGGUAUUUUAUGUCCUCCAAUUUAGAGCUGUUAAUGUGUCCCCUCGCUGCUGACGGCACAAAUUGCUAUUCGGAGGGCAUAUUAAUAUUUCAAAAACUAUGCAUAUAGUACUAUGUAAAAACACCACAAAAACUUAGCGAAGUAUUCUGUCUGUUAUGAUUACAUUACUGAAUUCUAAAAAAAACAACAACAAUGAGCUAAAAAGCCGAGACUUCAGCCAGAAACAUGCCUUUGUUGGAGAGUGUCACAGACAAAAACACAUUAUUUAGAUGAUUUCUGUUUAUUUGUUUGCUUUAAACCCUGAUUUCAAGAAAAGCCAUGUUUUGAUCUUAACGAAUGUAAUCACCUUUAUGUAGCAUCUAUUUUCAUUGAUUCCUUAUUAUUCUUUAGCUGAUCGCACUGUUGUAUGUACUUUAAGGGGAAUGUGCGUCCCGCCAUCAUUUGGUUUGUUUUUCUGUGUGUAUUUUUGUGUGGAAAUCUGAUUUCUCAUGAUUAUGGAUCAUCAGUCUGUCCAGAAGAUACUUAAUACAAUUUUAUUUUUCUUCUUCUUCAGCCAUUUCAUUUCAAGUCUUGUUGUUCAAAUAGCAUUUUAACAUUUAUCAGCUUUUCUCAAACGAGUUUCAGAUGCAACAACUACAAGCAUCCUCAUUCUUUUGUUUUGAUGAAUAUAUUUUAGAGACGAUUAAACUCUGCGUUGCCUUUUUAA